AUGUCCCUGCUGGACAGAAAGAUGAAGACAAUGUCCAGCUGCUUGAAAACAAUGCAGCCCCCCACCCCCCACCCCCCCGGAUACGACAGCUAUGCCACUGCUGGUGUCCCUCUGCACCAGUUCAGGAGCAGCAACAGUGUUGCUGGACAUGAAGAUCUGUUGUCGACAUCCGACCGGGCCGAGCCAUACCUGGACCCCCUUAUACCAGGACCCCCUUAUAACUGGACCCCCUUAUACCUGGACCCCCUUAUACCAGGACCCCUUAUACCUUUAUCCCCUUAUACCUGGAUCCCCUUAUACCUGGACCCCCUUAUACCUGGACCCCCUUAUACCAGGACCCCUUAUACCUUUAUCCCCUUAUACCUGGACCCCCUUAUACCUGGAUCCACUUAUACCUGGAUCCCCUUAUACCUGGACCCCUUAUACCUGGAUCCCCUUAUAACUGGACCCCCUUAUACCAGGACCCCUUAUACCUGGAUCCCCUUAUACCUGGAUCCCCUUAUACCUGGACCCCCUUAUACAAGGACCCCUUAUACCUUUAUCCCCUUAUACCUGGAUCCCCUUAUACCUGGAUCCCCUUAUACCAGGACCCCUUAUACCUGGACCCCCUUAUACCAGGACCCCCUUAUACCUGGACCCCCUUAUACCAGGACCCCCUUAUACCUGGACCCCCUUAUACCUGGAUCCCCUUAUACCUGGAUCCCCUUAUACCUGGACCCCCUUAUACAAGGACCCCUUAUACCUUUAUCCCCUUAUACCUGGAUCCCCUUAUACCUGGAUCCCCUUAUACCAGGACCCCUUAUACCUAGACCCCCUUAUACCAGGACCCCCUUAUACCUGGACCCCCUUAUACCAGGACCCCCUUAUACCUGGACCCCCUUAUACCUGGAUCCCCUUAUACCUGGACCCCCUUAUACCAGGACCCCUUAUACCUGGACCCCCUUAUACCAGGACCCCCUUAUACCUGGACCCCCUUAUACCAGGACCCCCUUAUACCUGGACCCCCUUAUACCUGGACCCCUUAUACCUGGACCCCCUAUAUACCAGGACCCCCUUAUACCUGGACCUGGUCUGUGCA